AUGGGAAAGAAAGGUUUCUUCGACGUCCUUCAGGAUGACGAUGAUUCCUCAUCAGAAUCCAGUGCAUCCGGUCAAAGUUUGCCAUCUGCACCCAACAGCAAUGUAGUGGUUCCUUCGUUUGAGGAUUUAUCCCUGUCCCGAGCAGAUGAAGAAACCGUGCUACAGGCAGUUUAUGGAUCAGAUUUCACACGCAAAGAAGGAGCUCAGGGACGUGCCUCUCGCCUCAAUGUACAGGUCAGGCCACCAGGCACCGAGGAAGCUCAUGUGGGCAGUAAACUGAUACUCUCCCUGAAACUUCAGAAACAAUAUCCUUAUGUCAUGCCAACCAUUGAACUCAAAAAAGUAGUUGGUUUGACCGACCAAGAGCAAAAAGAACUCAUGAAGCUGCUCACAGAACGUGCCACACAGCUUGCAAGGUCCGGCUCUAUCAUGAUGGUCGAAUUGGUCCAAGUGGCAGAAGAGUUUCUACUAGAACGCAAUCGAGAUCCAACCAUGUCAGCCUGGGAACAAAUGAAAGCCCGAGAAGAACGAGAGAAGGAGAAUGAACGACAAUUGCAGUUGGAACAGCAGGCGGAAAUCAACCGACUGAUGGAGCGACCUUCCAAUUCCGAACGAAAGGAACGGUCAGAUCAUAGUGGUGGAACCAAGUCUCCCGUCUCGGCACGGAUGGUUUUGGAAUCGGGCGCAGAAUGUCCAUCUUCAGACAUCAAACGGGAGCUCAAUCGACAAAUGGAAGCUUUGGAGGAUGCUAGACGACUCAAACUAGGCGGUGGGACCAACAAGGAGGAGGGAGUGUUAGAUGCCGACAAUCCGUUUGCAGAUUUGGAUGACGACAACAAUGAUGACUACUCGGAUGAUCAAUUCGACAAUGAUGAUGAACUGGACUAUGCUCAAAACUGGGGAGGGACAAGUAGCCGUUAUAAAGCAGAUUUCAUCGAGUUGGGUGUCUUGGGGAGAGGUGGUGGAGGCGAAGUUGUCAAGGUUCGCAAUCGGUUGGAUCGCAGAACUUACGCCGUCAAGAAGAUCAUCUUAGAGUCAGAAAAAGGCCAGUUCGCUCAGACAGGAGCUGUUCAAAACCGAAAGCUGAGAAGAGAAGUGACGACAAUCUCCAGAAUGACACACAAGAACAUUGUACGGUAUUACCAGGCCUGGGUGGAGGGCGAGAUUGAAAGUAUAGAGGAAACGAGCAUGGUGAGAGAACUUAGCACGGACCUGGACACAAAAGACGACACACCGGAUGGUUUGGAUGACGAGGAUGGAGAACUAUCGGGUUCUGGUCACGAGUAUGUGCCUGGGCUCUGGGCAAAACCGUCAAUGGGCAAAUUCUUCUCGGAUGAUGGGGAGAGAAUGAGCAGCAGCGAGAGCUCUGGCGAAAGUGACUCAGAUGGCGACAGUGGAUCAGAGGGUGAUGGCGACGAAGAUGAUGAUGAUUUCAUCGACUGGGACAGCAGUGACAAUGGAAAGUCAGCCGCCAACAACCAACUGCAUUCGCAGUCAAUUGAGACCCUCCUUGAGAUGGAAAAUGAUCAUGGGUUGCAGCAAAGCCCACUGCUUGCAGGAUUUGGAUUUCAGGCGAAGCCACACAGCACAUUGCCGACCUCUGGAGAAAAGAAAAGGUCUAAUUCAAUAUCUUCGGACUAUGAUGACUGGGACGAAUCGUCGUCUGUAAAGGUCAGUUCUGCCCAAAACCAGCGAAUCCUUUACAUACAGAUGGAAUAUUGUUCAAGCACAUUACGAAAGUUGAUCGACGAUCAAUCUAUGGCAAAAAUGGAUGAGAACGAUGUCUGGAGACUGGUCCGUCAAAUCAUAGAAGCGUUGGUGUACAUUCACAGCAGAAAAAUCAUCCAUAGAGACUUGAAACCAGGAAACAUCUUCCUGGACUCAGAGGGAAACGUUAGGUUAGGAGACUUUGGUUUGGCAACGAGGCACCGUGCAAAUGAUGAAGGGGAGAAGAGUGACAGUCAAGCGGAAACCCAAGGUGUUUAUGACUAUAUCGAAGAUAUUAGCCGACUUUUGGGUGGUUCCGCCCAUGCUUCCCUUUCUCAUCAAUCGUCAAUCCAAGAAUCAAUGACUGGUGGCGUUGGGACCACCUUCUACAGGGCACCAGAACAGGAGGGCGGCGCUGCAAGAGUGAAAGGUGGCAAACACGACAGCUCCUACGGCAGCAAAGCUGACAUGUUUAGUAUGGGGAUAGUGCUUUUUGAAAUGUUUCAUCCGCCUUUUGAAACGUACAUGGAGCGAGCAGAGAUACUAACCAAACUAAGGGGUGAUCAUGUGGCUGCGUCCAAAACAACCCAAGAUGGAGGCGAUGCAGACCUGCAGAAAAGAGUAAGGUUUGAAGAUCGUUUCCCUCCCGCUUUUGCAAAAUCCGCCCCGGAGAAUGUCAAGAGAAUACUCCUUUGGUGCCUAGAGAGAGAUCCGGCUAAACGCCCAUCGGCAGAGGAGCUGCUUUCGAGCGACUUGAUUCCCCGUAAGAUUGAAGUUGAGCAACGGUACUUGGAGGAGGCUCUCGAGCUUUUUACGAACCCGCAAUCGGACUGCUUCAUGCAAAUAGUCAAUGCGGUCUUCAACCGGGCAACUCCAGACGUAAUCGAGAUGACCUACGACACGGACGCCGCUGUGAAAGCCAACAACAUGGGACUGGCAAAAGGCAAGAGUCGUAUGCCUACACCCUCUCAAGCUCUUUGGAAGGCUGUUGAGGAAAUAAGGGCAGGCGCAAUAGACAGCAGCAGCGUCAACUCCUUGGCAAUGAAUGCAUCAUCUCAAGUAGCAGCAGCCAACGCGCUGCAGCGAGCUAGGCUCACGGGGAAGCUUGGCAAAGGGGGGAAAGGGAUGUUGAAAAGGUCAGCGCAACGGACAGCCGGAAUCAUCGCCAUGAGAGCAGCGGCUGCUGCAUCGACAGGAGCGCUGGAUGGAUUCCACGGAGCGGAUCCCACAAUCGUGGAAGAAGUUUGUAGCAGGCUGUGUGGAAUAUUCCAGUCGCACGGCGCCGUCCACAUGAAGAGCCCCCUGUUGAGGCCGAGGCCCGCCACUGUUCAUUCAUUGGCAGUCGGCGGUCCUGCUGAGGUAAUUGACACCAGAGGCAACGUUCUGCUGCUCCCAGAAGACCUAACUGCGCAGUUCGCUCGGAUAGUUGGUCGCGGGGGUUCAGCGGUUGCAAAUGUAAAACGAUGGGACAUUGACAGAGUCUACCACAAGGCAGUGGCGGGAGGUCACCCAAGAGAAUCACUCGAAGCAUCUUUCGAUAUCGUGAUGGAAGACCCACAGAUGAGAGGGCGGCAAGUCGAGGCUGAAUCUAUUUUUGUGGCCUGCCAAGUCAUGGGCUGCUUCCCGCAGCCAGAAGUUUGUAAGCAUCUCCCCUUCGAGGCGACUGCUCCCAUGUGGUAUAUGCGACUUACGCACACCCGGUUGACAGACGCCAUCCUUGAAGUAUGCGGGGUGCCACAGAAAGAGUUGUUGCGACGGGUCUGCCUCUCGAUUCUCACCCAGUCAUGCGCACCGGGACCUUCGACGCUAAUCAAAGCCCUCAAGAGAAGAAAGAAGCGCAACAAGAAUCAGAAAAAGUCGAAUGCCAGCGAGCGCCUAGAGCGACAACUAGAAAAUGCGACCACCAACCACGGACUUCCUACUGCCGCUGCUAACAAACUCCGUGCGUUCAUUACGAAAGGCUGUAUGCCACUCCCAUGCAAUGUUGAAGAAGCUUUGGACAAGCUCCAGGCUGCCGUUUCCUAUCUCUUAUCAACCGACAAGGAGGCGAAACUGGACCCAAGGCGGAUGAAACGCUUUGAGGACAUUGGGAGAACUUUGAAAGGUCUGAAACAACUUGUUGCAACUCUCGGUGCUUUGGGCAUUUCCCCUCUGUUUGGAACAGGGAAGCAAGGGACGCCAGCAACUCGAUUGAACAGGCCACUGUACAUAUCCAUUGACCUGGGACUUAGGCAAAAGAGAAAGCAUUUCCAUGGGCAAGUUGUGUUCCAGUGCAUUGCUUUGCCCGACGAUUACCUUGAAGAAGAAAAAGAUGAACACAACGAGUUUGUAAUCUCGUCUGCAGGUCGUGGGAUAAAGGUCGCUGAAGGAGGCCGUUACGAUGAUUUGGUCAGAAAAAGCCGCCCACCAGGCAACUUUGGAUCUGCCAUCUUCAAUCACUACACAACCGCGCCAAUUCCGAUGUGUGCCGGGGUUAGUUUCUCUGUGGGCAAGUUGGUGGAACUCGCGUACAUGGAUGCAACCGUACCCGAACAAGGCGAAAAAGACAUCAUUACCGAGAUGCCGCAAAAGCUCUCUAUGGACAAGCCAGGAGUGGACUUUUUGCGACGAUUACUGGGACAUCCGCUCAAGUUUUCGCGCUCUGUGAAAUGCGUGGUCGCUAGCCCCCACGGAAUGGAUUCAUCGAGUACAUCUGAGCGUCUUCUCGUGGCAGCACGGCUCUGGGCAGAGGGUAUUUCUGCAGAAUACAUGCCGCAGAGCGGAGUGAUGUUGAGCUUGAUCAAGCGACUUAGAGGGGACGACAGCAGCACCAACGAAGUGGGCAGUGAUUGGUCGCUUGCCGAACUGCUGGGUGCUUGUGCUCUUUUGAAUAUUCCGUUUGUGGUGAUUGUGCAAGAGCAUCUGCUGAAAGAUAAGGGAUCGGUGCGUUUGCGAAAGGUCUUGUCGUAUGAUCUUGAUACUGGUUGGCGCUCGGGCAGUGCGGGGAGCAACGAGCUCUUCGUUCCACUCGACCUCUUGGCCAGCACAAUUCGAGAAAUGUCUGCCGAGAGCAUCAAGUUGAGCAAGGGAGAACCAAUAUCCGAGGAACCACGACAAGAAAGUGGCGGGGGUUCUAUGCGUGAUUUGGGUUCCCAACGUGGCACGGCUCAUGUCGAAUGUAUCUUUGUGGAUCAAGACCAGUUCUAUUCGGAUGGUGUAAACGUCGACACGCCGCACUACAAGACCGUUCUGAAAGCAAUGAAGAAUUUGGCGCAACGAUCGGAAGCGUAUCUCUCGACUCAGAUGAAUGCGGUUGGCUCGACUCCCGUGUUUGGCGUUUCGGACCUACCAUUUUGGGUACUGAGAGAUUUCGGCACCUGUUUAAUGCGACGAGAAGUCAAGGAGAAGAGUGCGGUUGGUGCCAGCGUGGAAGUGACGGAACGUUUUCCUCGAGGCAAACGGGCUCUGAAGGGUCUUGCGAUGGCGAUUGAUAAUUUCAUGAAGAAGCGCGGAUAUUGGGAUCAGAACGGUACAAAAACCGGUAGUGGAGAGACGCAUGGAUCCUCGCAGCUCUUGACGCUUUUGCUGUACAGCAAGCUCGAUGACCGGUUCGACAUGAUAUCUUUGGAAGGAUCCAACAAACGAGAUAGUACGCCCACCAGACGACGCUGA